AAAAUGGAUAAAAGAAAUGUGUCUGUAGUGUCAGAAUUCAUGCUUCUGGGACUUUGCCAGUCAUGGAAUAAGCAAGUCUUACUCUUACUGAUAUUUUUUAUGCUAUAUUUGAUCAUUGUAUCUGGAAAUAUUGUCAUCAUGAUCUUAAUCAUCACUGACUCCCAUCUGCAUUCUCCCAUGUACUUCUUAUUGGCCAACCUGUCCUUUGUUGAUAUGUGGCUUUCUUCAGUAACUACUCCUAAGAUGAUCACAGACUUUGUCAGAGAGAACAAGACUAUUUCCUUUGGAGGCUGCAUGUGCCAGAUCCUCUUUGUGCAUUUUGUUGGAGGGGGUGAGAUGGUGCUAUUGGUGGUAAUGGCCUAUGACCGCUAUGUGGCCAUCUGCAAGCCACUCCACUAUUCAACCAUAAUGAACCUGCAAAAGUGCAUUGGGCUUGUGGUGACUUCCUGGACCAUUGGCUUUGUGCAUGCCGUGAGUCAAAUGGUUGUGAUUGUGCAAUUGCCUUUCUGUGGCCCCAAGGAAAUCGACAGCUUUUUCUGUGAUAUACCACUGGUAAUCAAGCUUGCCUGCAUAGAUUCCGAUAACUUGGGAAUAUUAAUGAAUGCUGACAGUGGGGUUCUGGCCAUGACCUGCUUUAUACUGCUGCUGAUAUCCUACACAUAUAUUCUUCUUACUGUUCGCCGAAGCUCUAAAGCUGGUACCUCUAGGGCACUCUCUACCUGCACUGCCCACAUCACAGUGGUGCUGCUCUUCUUUGGGCCCUGCAUCUUCAUCUAUGUGUGGCCACUCAGCAUCACCUGGGUGGACAAAUUUCUUGCUGUGUUUUACUCUGUUAUUACACCUCUCCUAAAUCCAGCCAUUUAUACCUUGAGAAAUAAAGAGAUAAAAAAUGCUCUGAAGAGAUUCAGAAGCUACUACCUACAUUCCAAGAGGCAUAUUAAUGUCUAA